CGAAAGCUAGGAAAACAGGCGCUCGUCGCAGAUUGCCGGAUUUUUCCCUUGCAUUCGAACAUGGCGAUGGCCUUGAGGAGGGUUUAUGCAUUGCGCAGUGGUUCGCCGAUUGCGCAGUCCAAUUCAUUAGUUCCUGUGCUUUCCAGAUUCUUCUCCAGAUCGCCUCCAUACGCCGUCAAGGUGGGGAUACCGGAGUUUUUGCAAGGGAUCCGGGGGGGGGUCGAAGCCCAUGCCGCCAAGCUUGAGUCGGAGAUUGGUGACUUCCACAAGUUACUCGUUUCCCGCACGCUCAAGCUCAAGAAGUUCGGCAUUCCUUGCAAACAUAGGAAGUUGAUAUUGAAGUACGCCCACAAAUAUAGGGUUGGGUUGUGGAGUCCUCAAGCCAAGCUUGUCAAAGCUUGAGGACAGCGUUCCUGGUGAAAGCAAGCAAAUCAUAUCUUCGCUUUAGUAUGCAUCUGCAGAAUUCCUUCCGUGCCUGCACUUAUCGCAGAAGCAAAUUAAAUUGCCAUAGACAGGUUUUACUUGUGUUGAGAUCAAUUUCAUGCCCUUGUAUUGCCUUUUGCUGGGAAAAGACCAUUUUGAACUCUCUUGCGCACGCUGUGUUAAUGGACAGAAUUGGCUAGUGCAAGCAUCCACAUUUCGGACGUUUUUUUUUGCCCCGGAACGGACUUGAAUCUUUUUAAGGAAAUUCUUUCCCGCAGGAAAUUGUCUUCUUUCUGCAUGUCGUGUUCUGUUAUGUCGCAUGAAACAGUAGCCAAGAUAUAAAUGAUGCAUUAUAAGAUUUCAGUUUAUUAUCACUGCAUGAACAAAACAUCACUUCUAAAUUAUAGCUCAAACUCCAUACAAACUCCAUAGACUCUGUUCUUACCAUAAGGCAAUCUUGCCCACGAUCUUAUAACUUAGCUUCCUAGAGAAGUGCAGUGCCGAGCUUGUAUUGAUGCAUAAGCUUGUAUGAAGCAUGUCCAUCAAUACAAGCAUACUCCACUUGGUUCAUAGUGAGCACCCUCGCCUGCCAGUCGCUCAAGAUAACAUGCUUGGGCUUGUCCAUGGCAAGACCCACCACCUCAAGCGCUAGAUCCUUCAAGCCCGGCUUACGAAACCUCCCCUGGCCAAUGCAUUUUCGCCUGCUCGCGGACAUCCAUGUGCACUGCGCACUCCGGGCCGUACUCAACUAUGAGCUUGUCCGCGUCGCCAUCGACCUCCACUCCGACGAAAGUGAAGCUUGGGUUUCUGAGAAAGUCCUUAAAGCGAUUCAGGAACGAAGUCCAUGUAGAAUAGUUGAACGAUCAGACAUCUCUUGUCGAUGCAGAGCUGCAGGGUGGCGGUCUUGUUGCUCAUCCACCGGUCCACAUGAGGCCUCCACUCUAUGUCCAACCCACGACGGUCGGGCGCUCGGUGCGGCGUGAGAGAAUUUCUUGUACCCAUUGGUCGACCACAGCACCUUUGUCGGUCACUGUCGUUUCCAUGGUUCUACCAUCAUUGGUGACAUAGUACUUGGAGGUCGCGGGAUCGAAGGCAGUGUGGGGUCUCGCACGAGCUGUACGCAUCCUUCUCUUCUUCUCAAGUCCGCCGUCUUGCAGAUACAGUGUGUUCGACUUGGAAUGCUACUUGUGGUGAAAUCUUGGGACUCUUGGUACGCCAUUGUGGAAGAAACCCAAGAAGGGCUUUUGGAUUUUCGAUUCAUUCGCAUUGAAUCUUGGGGGAGAAGCGGGAUCGGUGGUUGUGAAAUCUGUCUCUUCGAUUUUGCAACUGGGUCUCUCUUCAUGUUAUCAUGUGAUUGACUAUGUUUGAUACCUGAGCUUAUCUUUAAUCCUAGGACUUUAAUCCUAGGAAAUUGCAAUUUCUAGUGUUUU